UGCUGUGCUGUGCUUUCCUGCAGCAAUAUACCUCCGUUUGCACAUCGUCCGUUGUUGCCUCUCUGCCUCCUACUCCUCCUCCUCCUCUUCCUGGUGCAGUAUCAGCAGCAGCAAUUAGUAAGCCUGGCAACUGUCCGACGUUUCAGGUGCUCACUUGGAACGGUGUCUGUCGCCGCCUGAGCAAAGUGCGAACCGGGCCGAUCAUCCUAGGUAGAUUAUGGGCGUUUCCACAUCUUGCGCUGCGCUGAGAGUGGGAGGGUUUGUUAUUUAAUUUACUUGGUGCUGUGUCUAAGAGAAUCAAUUCAAUGCGUGGAUUCCGCUGGGUUCUGCUGAUAAAGUUGAUGCUCGUUGAGCACGCAGGAAGCGAGUUUAUGUAGACUCAGCUGAAGAGAAAUUGGGACCUGAGCGCUGCCUUUGAUUCGGAGUGAUCCUCAUGAAAACGAGAAUGCGGGUGAAUUUCGUGGCUGUGCGCAGAGUGAUGCGCCUGUGAGAGAAAAUCCAAAGAGCUGCUCGUUAGAAGGGAGAAGUCCUAAGGGGUUACUUCGAGUCGUCAUUGAAGUCUCUGUAUAAAACAGCUUUGACGUCUGAAGUUGUCACUCUUGCAAGCCGACUCGGAAAUGCAUUGUAGCUUCUAAAUCUGCGGUAGGUUAAGAUCACUUAGUUGGGUUUACUCGAAGUAAAAGAGAGAGAGAGAGAGAGGGAGGGAGGGAGGGUGGCAUAAGUGCCAUGUCGAGGUAUGGCAGAAUGCGAGCGUCAUUUGACUCCGAUGCCAGCCUGGGGAACUCGCCACCAAUGUCACCACCCAGGCAUGGGCAUCCGGUCUAUUUCGUGCAAUCUCCUUCGCGCGAUUCUGUGCAGGAUGUGGACUCGCUCUCGCAGAGCUUCUCACGGGCAACGCCACGGGAAAGCCCAUUAGCAAGCCCUAUGCAUCACAAACACUUCAAGAACGCUUCGACGGACUCGAUACCGUUCAGCGCUCACACUCCCAAGCCUGGGUCCCGUCGGGUGCUGCCGCAGCCUAACUUCGUCGGGGGUGGAAAGCCGAAAAAGAGCUAUCGACCAUGGGCACAUGGCACUAUCCUCGAAGAGGAGGAAGGCACAGAAGGAGAAAAGAAGAAGAAACUUUCGCGCGUCUGCUUGGUUUGGAUCGCCAUUUUUUUCACCAUCUUCAUGUUCUUCGCCGGCGCUCUUCUCUUCUGGCUUUUUACCAUGCCCAAGGCUCCCCACGUCACUGUCCAGAGUGCAAGUUUCUCGUACUUCGGUUUAGAUGAUGGCGUAGACAAUUCGGGAGUACAAACAAUGGUGGUCUCUCUUAAUUCUACAGCAACAUUGCAAAUGUACAACCCUUCGAGAUUCUUUGGUUAUCACGUCAAAGAUUCUCCAAUGGGUCUCAAGUACCUAGAUCUACCCAUAGCCGGAGGCGUGCUCAACUCAUUUUAUUUGGAGAAAAGCUCUACGAAGAAAGUGACAGUGGCCAUUUCUUCUGACAAGCAAUUCCUUCAUGGGGCGGGCCCAAGUUUCAACGAUAGGUAUUCCACACCUGGUGCAGGUGUGGAAUUGAAACUGGACGGCACGGUUUUCACACGAGCUUAUGUGAUGGGGCAGAUGCUGAAGAACAAGUUCAGCAACAAAGUGGCUUGUACUUUCAAGUUUGCUUCCGGAGGACAAACACAAUGGAAAGUGCAACAGCUCUCUUGCCAAUAUGCAUCUUGAUAACUUAUGAAGGCUGUUGCUGUUGUAGUUUCUAUACUUGAGCGGAUUCUUUUAAGUUCAACUUGGAUGUGUGUGAACUCAAAAUGACAUGGCGUUCCUAUGCACUCGGAUCACCGAUGGUGAGAUCUGGGAGGAGGGGAUUGGUCGUACCCUGUGGUUUGAUUUAUAACUUGCGUAUGAGUUUCUCAUGUUUGUAUUUAUAUGAAUAGGUUCCAGUGCGGUCUUCUCACACCGCCUUGGGCAUGAGGCAGUUUUGUCCCGACUUUUCUACCUUGUAUUUCUAGCUUUACUCAUAACUUGCAAUAAACUAUGGGGUAGUGUAGAUAUUGGAAGUUAGGUCAGUAGGUACUAUUUUCACCCAACGCAGUUUUCACUUGGACAUGUAGAUUGACAACGUAGCAAGAGAUAUAUGAAUUUGUUGUGAUAAUAUUUGUCACAUGAAACUGUGACAAGACUACAUCAGUGUUUACAUUACUAUUACCAUAUACGUGAAGCUCAAGUGCCCCAUACAACUUGUUUGUCUUCUU